AUGUCGGCAGUGACCAAUCAGCCUCUUCCCUUUGGACAACUGGAGCGAGAGAAGCACAUCCAGAUGAUCUUCAGAGCUUUCCACAACAGCUGUGGGCCUUCAUGUGACUUCAAACCUCCACCAGGUAGAGUGAGCCAGCCAGGAGAUGCAGCAGGAUCACACUUUAUGUCUUCGCUGGAAACAGUCAGUCAAAUAGAUAUCAUUGCCAGACCAGAGCUGCAAGGUCCACAGUGUGUUCCUAGGAGGAUCUACAGCAUCACCACAGGAAGCAGCAGGUCACAGUUAUUUGUGGCUGUAGAAGAGAGUUCCUGUGUUUGCCUCCAGUGUUGCGGUCCAGCUCGGGCCUGUUCCUUGCAGGGCUUUGACUGUCAGGGCCGGCAGGUGUUUUAUUUUGAAAGGCCCCUCAGGGUGGAUGCCUGCUGCCUCGGCUGCUGCCUGAUGGAGAUGAGGGCCUACACACCUCAAAAACAUCUCAUUGGCACAGUAUGUCAGAGGUGGAGCAUGUUCACCCCUCUCCUGGAGGUGUGUGGGUCAGAGGGAGCAUCGGCCAUCAGGAUCCAGGGCUCCUGCUGUCCAUACCGCUGCUUCUCCAACCAGCAAUUCCAGAUUAUCUCCAACAUUGGUGAGAAAGUGGGCACAAUAUGGAAGAAAUGGCCUGGCUUCAAUGUGGAACAUAACAUGGACCACGAACAUUUUGGAUUGGAGGUGCCACUGAAUAUGGAAUCACAUACUAAACUGCUUCUGCUCGCAGCCACUUUUUUGUUGAAUUAUAUGUUCUUUGAAAUGAGCUGAUCAAUGAAAAGGAUCAAUACGAGUAAAACUGACGUCAAUGAAAGUGGUCUACAAAAAUGAAGCGCACCAGCCAAGUCAGUACAUGGAACAAUAAACCCCAUCAGUGAAUUGUAUUUUUAAGAAAACCAUUGAAACAUCAGCCACAACUUCAAUGUAUGAAAGAAAAUGACAUGGAACACGCUUUAGCAGCAGAUGCAUAAUUGACAUUUAUUGCUAUAAUCCAUCAGGUGUAUAUCCAAUAGUGUCACCUCACUGUUGACACACACACACCUGCACCCAUCAUCGCACCACCAACACACGGGCAGCAUUAACAGUUUUUCAACAAACUAUAGGCGAUUCUUUGACAUGAUUCCCAAAAAUGCUCCAGAGGAAUUGAUAGAAACUGUAACAGACCCUGACUGUGGGCCCAGUUUCAUUUAUUUUAAUACAAAAUGCAAAAGGAGUGAAGGUCAGUGUUUCAUGACUCCUAUACACAUUUGUUGAGGACAUUAAAGCAGAGCCCAUCGCUUGGAUUCUUUCAAGGCGGGAUAAAACCAAAAACAGACAGAAGGGAAAACUGGUUCGGGUCAGGCUCGAGGCCAGGCACAGUGAUUUAGGCAGCUUGGCAGUCCAUUCUUAAGAUGCCAUGUCAUACAAACGUCUGCCCAACACAGGAUGGUCCUCAUCCUUUGGGAUUCAACUUCCAAGUCAAAGAUGGAGAAUCAUCGCUGAUUCAGUAAAGUGAUCUUUGAAGUGGACUGUAUUUACAAAUAUAUCGUACACAAUAAUAGUUAUCAUUCUAGUUCCAAAUGACCAGAGAUUGUAGUUAAAAUACAGCACUGUAAUAAAAUAACAUCUACCUGCAACCCUGUUUGAGUCCCAAUAAAACAGAUUAACAGAGGUUAAUUUUAAAACAGCAGGAGGUGUAAUGUUAUGUAAUGCAAUAAAAUCAGAUCUAGUACUAUAACACAUUGGUUUUGUUGUGUUUUGUCAAGUACACUUUGUCAACUGCUAAUGACCAGAUCAGCAAACACAAGUCACAUGGCCUCCCUCUGGUGGCAAGCUAACAGCUGUUACAACUUGCAUUAAAAUGAAAUUGGAGGCUUUGUUCUUCUCUGGUUGAUUAAAAAUAACGCAUAUUUCUCUCUUCGGAUUGGUUCAGUUUUCUGUUUCAUUUUUUCAAUUUGACGCAAAGAAGGAAUGGUGUUCUUGCCUCCUGACUUUUGCUCCGUCUUCAUGUUAAACAGUGACAAUCCACAUCGAAGAAUCCUUCCCGGGACUCGUCAGCCUCCAGCACAUCACAUAUACACACA